CACCACUCUCUCAGAAGCUUUGCUGCGGGUACUCGUUAAAUCCUCCUCGCAUCUCCCUAAAACCUGCGGGAUCAUAUGGACUUCACAAAGCAAUGAAUUGUUUACAUAGUGAAUGAUUAUAACGCUUCACGAAUAUCGUGUAAAUAACUGCAAUAAUUUAAAAGAUAAUGCAUAACUACGAGGCCUCAAAAGCUGUUGUUUACUGUGUCUAAGAAAAUAUAUUGCACGCUUGCAAUAUUUUUAAGAUUUAGAAACGCUAUACGAAAGUACUGGUUUGGAAAAAAAAAAAGUUCUAGACGAACGGAACAAUCGGCCAAGUAUCUUCUAAAACAGGUGGUACAAAUAUAAGCAAACAGGGUUGAAUUUAAGGACCUACCUAGUGCUGGCCAACAGACCUUCUGCAGUGCUCCCCUAUUCUUAUGUUCUUAAGAAAAGUUUAUUCUUGCAUUUAAAGUGAGUACAUAAUUUCAAUACUAUAUGAAGCAAGCGAAUAUACAGUGUCGGUACGAAGCGUAGUGUCACGAUUUGCAGGUAGAUAGAUGCUGGGUAGAUGUAAGCAACCAGCAUACUGAGUGAAAUGACAUUGCUCACCUCUAGUUACUAAACAUUUACAAAGUGACUUAACCGGAACUGUGAAAAUACAGUGAUUUCACAUUACCUGAGUGUCAUACUUAUGCCAAUCUGAUUUAGAGGUAAAUAAUGAAGUUUAACCAGAAGUGAAAUGGUCAUAAUAAAAACUUGCCCGUGAACGGUAGAUAACAAAUGAAACCUGAUACUCGACACGUUUCCAGGAAUGAAGGCCGUUCAUAAGAUCAAGUCAAGAGUCGCUGCUUCUAACAUUCGAGUGUAGACACGAUAGUCUAACUCAUGAGAAGGUACUGAGCAGGAGGUAUGUUGACAGUUUCAACAUCACACAGGAUAUAAUCCUGGACAUUUUAAGUUAUAUCAUUGUGGGAAAGGCAAUGCGUAUUUAAACUGCCUAAAAAUAAAGUGAGAGCUACACGAAUAAACACGGUAAAUGAUCAGAAAGCUUCUACCAUACUAUAAUACUGUUACGUGCACGAGAUAUCACGCAUUUGAUAGGCAAUAAAUUACAAUCCAGGCUUUCCAGUACUCAAAAUACGACUUCCAUCAAUCCUUCACACAUAAUAUACGAGAAAACCCCUAUUAUAAUGUUAAAACCCAUCAGAAUACACACCAGUAACAUGCCUGCAUCAGCAAUGCGAUUCUUUGUCCUUCUAGGAAGCGUAACGGUGCUGUUCAUGCUAGGGAUGUUGAUGAUGGAGAGGAACAUCCACAACCAGAUUACUCGCAACGCAUAUCAACACCACCUCCCCAUGCCUCGCAACGACGCCCUAAGAAUUAGCAGCAGAAGCAUCAAACAGAACAAGGACAAGAUAGAAACUGCUGCAGAAAUUGGUUUUCAAUAUAGCCGUAAUAAUAAGCUUUACAUUGAUAAUUUGGACGAUAUCGAUGACCAGCAUCACGAUGAUGAUCAUGAGGACGAUGGAUAUAACGAUAAUGAUCAUGAGGACAAAGAUUACGAAGACAACGACGACGAUGACGAUUAUCAUAGGGAUUGAAAACAUGAGAUGAAGAUUGCAGAUGAUGACGUGGUCAAUGACUGGAGCAGUAAACGCUAAACCGUAUGUGUAUUGCGUACCAUGCGGGGCUUUACUAGGCUACUGCUACGUACGUCAUCACCAAUACAACAGUAACCAGUGAAUAUUGUCACGAAUAUCUUGUCAGCCUUAACCCAACAACCACCUAUUAUAC